CUCAUUUCCGUACAACGAAAGUGGAUGGAGACGACGACUGUUAAGCUGCAAAACGGGCAAAAAUCAACAUAAUAGUGGUCCAUGUAAUUCGUUCGCUGUAUCCAAAGCCAUACAGCUGCUUUAUGAGAGGAAUAUACCGAAAUGUGAUAAUCUUGCCGCCUCGCGCCAUAGCUCUCAAAUCUAGUUCAAUUUUCUACCUGUCCAAACUUGCACAUAAAUCCACAUUGAUUUCGCGUGCAGUGAGUCCCUCCGAGACACAUUUGUUGAUUAUUUAAAAUGGUACGAGUGUGCGCUUUUCCUGGAUGCUCCAACAGAGAGAAACCGCUGAGACUCCGACAAGCAUCAUCACAGGAGGAAAGUUUGACUUUCCACACGUUACCGCUGCAUGAUCGCGGGAGACUGGCGCUGUGGCUGCUCGCUCUUCGCCGGGAUCUGGACUCACCCAUUGAAGGUCUCCGCACACUGAGGGUGUGCGGUGAUCAUUUCUCGCCUGACGAUUUCAGUGCCGUCCCGGGAACAAAACGACGACUUCUCAGAGCAACAGCUGUGCCUGGGCAAUCUGUAAAUCGAACCGAGGAGACUGUGAGUGGUUCAUAUCUUCAAAUUGGACCACAUGGGGAACUUCAGUCAAAGCUUAUUUUGACCGUUCCAAAUUCAGAACCAUCUACAAGUUCAUCAUCUUUAGGGGCCUACUAUGCCCUUCCUCCCACAUGGUACUAUCAAUCGGAUGAACCUGGACAGGCUGAACUACGUAUGGAAGAUAAUUUUGACGUAGAUGGCAGCAUGGAUUCUGUUGCUCAUCCUGAAGCGUCUUUCAUUCAGGCAGAGAUUAGUGCAGUCUCAAGUGACACUGUGCAUGCACACUAUGGGCAUAACGUAUGA